ACAACAAAUUUGUGAAGAAAAAACAUUUGCAAUUUAUAAAAGCCAUAACUUGUUUAUUUGCAGGAAAAUGGAGGAGAUGUGCAGAGUUUGCAUGGUCAAAUCCGGAGCACUCGCAAACAUUUUUGAUGAGACACAAAAAUGGGACACUUGCAUUGCUGACAUGAUAGCCCAGUGUACCGGUUACGUGGUUAGGCGAGGGGAUUCACUGCCAGAAAAAAUAUGCCCGCCUUGCCUUGAGGAUGCAGUGAGUGCAUUCAAUCUUAAGAAAUCCUGCGAGCAGAGCCAUCGACUAUAUUUUCCAGUGAUGGAAGAGGAUGUGAAAACAGAUCUCUGUGAUAAUUUUGAACAGAACGACUGGAACAUGUCAAUAAGCAGAAAAAAAGCGACGAUUUUGGAAACUGAUGAAAAAAUAUGUAAAGGUGAUAAGGAUGUGGAUCUUCUGUUUAAGUGUACUCACUGCUCGAAGUCUUUUAAACGGAAAUGCAAUUUGCAAAAUCACAUCCGUAUGCACACGGACAAACAAUCCUACCAAUGCUGUCACUGUUCAAAGUCGUUUAAUCGAAAAUCAAGUCUUCAAAGUCACAUGUGUUAUCACACGGAGGAGCGACACAACAAAUGUGUCCACUGCUCAAAGUCAUUCGUAACCAUGAGCGCACUGAAGCGGCACUUUCUUACUCAUAUCGACGGACAACCCUACAAGUGCUCCGACUGCUUAAACUCCUUUAAAACUGAAAACGAACUCAAAGAACACAUCCGUGUUCACACAGUGGAAGAGCCCUACCAAUGCCCCCACUGCUCAAAGUCAUUUAAGCUAAAAUCGAUUCUCCAAAGACACUGUCGUACCCACACUGCGGAGAGAGCUUAUAAGUGUUCUGACUGCUCAAAGUCCUUUAUUACUCAAAGCGAACUCAAAGUACACAUCCGGGUUCACACAGGGGAACAGCCCUACCAAUGUCAGCACUGCCCAAAGUCAUUUCAGCGAAAAUCUAAUCUUAAAAGACAUAAUCGUAUCCACACGGGGGAGAGACCUUACAAGUGUUCCGACUGCUCCAAGUGUUUUUCCAUCGCCACAAAUCUCCAGGCUCAUAUCCGUCGAUGGCACACAACUGACCGACCCCACAAGUGCACUCACUGCCCGAAGUCGUUUACAGAAAAAUCUCAUCUCCAGAUACACAUGCGUAAACACACGGGGGAGCGACCGUACAAGUGUACCCAAUGCUCAAAGUCCUUUACUCGAACCGGAUCUCUCCGGCGACAUAUCAGUACGCACACGGAUGAACGACCCUACAAAUGCACCGACUGUUCAACGCUGUUUCAACAAAUAUCCCAACUUCAAAAACACACCCUUAUGCAUACCGGCGAACGACCGUACAAAUGCAGUGACUGCUCACAGUCCUUUCUACAAAAAUCCCAACUUGAGGCACACAUCCGUACUCACACGCGACCUUACAAAUGCUCCCACUGCUCGAAAUGCUUUAGAGAAAAAUCCAAUCUUAAAAGACAUACCCGUACGCAUACGGAUGAACGACCCCACCAAUGCUCACAAUGCUCGAAAUCAUUUCAAGAAAAAUCGAAUCUCCAAGUGCACAUACGUUCUCACACAGGGGAGCGCCCAUUCAAGUGUACCCACUGCUCAAAGACAUUUAGAUAUAAAAAUAAUAGCUACCAGAGACACGUAAUUACUCACACAAGGAGUGACAAGUAUGCCAUUCCGGCACUUUUCGAGAUCACUUCCAUAAGAACACUGAAAAUGGAAGGUGUAGAAUAAGAUUUUUAAGCUUUUUUUGAACAAAGGCUUGGUAUGUUCAAUUAUUUCCACUAUCUUUACUGCGAAAAUUCUGCAUUAAAAUGAUGUAUAAAGAUA